AUGCCGGACACAGGCUCGUCGACUGCGGCCUGCGUGGUGCCCGCCUUGCGGAAGAGCAAGCAGUGUCGCCUCCCCGACCAUGCGACGUCAACAGCGGCAGAGAUAGCAGGCCUUCACCUGGCUGUGGACUUACUGGCAGAGGAGCUGCCAGUGACCCCAGUGACCAUCUACUGCGACUCCAAGGCGGCACUUCUCAGCCUGCAGAGGCCAGAAAGGGCCAGCCUCGGGGUUGCCCUGCUCUCGACAAGGCUGAUGGCGCUCCAGGAGGCGGGCUGCUCAGUGUCCCUGCACUGGCUUCCAGCCCACGUAGGGAUACCGGGCAACGAGGAAGCAGAUGCACUGGCAAAGCGUGCCCACCACUGCGUGGUCCCGCCCAGCCUGGCAGUGACAGCCAAUGAUUUCACAUGCCACAGGCUUCGGCACCAUCUGCUGGCCUGCCAUCCGGACAAGCGGAUGUCCUUGGGCCGCCCUCCGCGACCACUUCCACAGCGCGGCCUCUCACUCAGGGAGACCUCCCUCCUUCUGCGACUGAGGAUUGGCUGCUGUUGGACGGGCGCUCGCCGCCACCGGCACGGCCUCAUCGCCUCUCCAGCCUGCGCCUCCUGUUGGGAGCCCGAGACCCUGGAGCACCUCCUGCUGGACUGCCCUGCUUACCUGCAGCAUCGUGGCCGCCUCCUGCAGGAGUUCCGACACCUGGGGCUUCCUUCUGCACGGCAGGGAGACAUCCUCUUCCCUGGUCGCAACGAGCUACCAGCCCUCCUAAGUGUCGUCGAGUACCUCGACUCGUCGGGGCUCUAG